AUGGCACGUCGCAACCACGACACAUCUAGAGAUGAGGAGACACUCACUGUGGAUGAGUUGCGCGCAUUGAUGAACAAGCGCCCUGUGCAGGCGAAGGAGCGAACGACCAACCCGGCGCAAAACACUCAGAGGAUGGACGCGGUGCUCGCGAAGUGUAGGAUCGGUGUGGCUUACAUUGAUAUACUCAAAAUCAAGAACUCGUUGGUAUUCGGCAAAUAUAACGAUCGGCCGCAGGAGCCCAGGGAAGUGAACAAGCUUCUUGCGUCGUUUAAGAAGGACGGAAUUCUGGCGAUGCGAGAUGCGACAGCGAUACCGAUUAUGCUGUCAGGCGCCCGCGUGAAGACUGGGUUGAGCCUCGCAGUCAACUUCGACAUCCCAAAUGCUGUGCCGCAAUUACAAUUGAAGGACGUCAACGACAUUGUCGUAGCGUCGGGACAACAUCGCAUUGCUGCGUUGAAGAGAUAUUUCGAGAUCGUCACUGGAGAGAUGAUGCAUAUUGAGGAACUCUGCGACGAUAUAGCUGCUGUGGAGAAUCUGAGUCCUGAACACCUCACCGAGUUCAACAGGCUUCGCGACCAACUGGAUGAGCUGCAGGGGAUAAUAAUUCUAAUGGGAAAAUGGGGCAUCAUCGUAUAUGACAAAGACAGCGUGUUAGCGGAUGGCGACAUGUUGGCAGACCACUUGUGUCGAAACAAAUCCUUGCCCGAGUACAAGGAGACCGCAGAAGAAGUGUUGAGCAAGAUCUUGCGAUCGGUGAGAAAAGCUUACAACGAUGCUCCUGAGCAUGAGCGAGUUGCGACAGCACUGCAUGAGCUGUGGAUUCAGCGUGAUAAUACCGAGCGGCAGAAGAAUGCACGGUUGACGAAAGUCCUGAGCUACGACCUGCUGAUUUUAGCGCUCGCACUGCAUCUCCUGCCGUUGGGAUCACACUUUCACCGUCGCAAGGAGUUCCAGAUCACCUGGUUAAGCAACUCAAUUGAUGUAGUCAUGGGGAUGUUUAUUCAAUUUAUUAUGUUCCACAGUCACAUCCUGAAUUUGCUUGCAUCGAGCGAUGACUUCCCGGACUACGCAACAGUGAAUAACAUGAUCUCUGUAGCAUCCAGUCAUGGGACGGGCCGCAACGCUUCGAUCGAGCAACUUGCAGCGUGGCGCGCGCAGAUAUACAACAGCAAGGCUAAUACUGAAGUUACCAUUUUUAACGAUGUGUUCGAGGAUGUGUCCAUUUUCGUUCAAGAGGAGUUUCGUAAUAUUCCUCUAAAGAAUGUUGGAACCAAGGACCCCCAGUACGUCAACAGCCUGGACAAUUACUCGCACUUCCUAGUCAGCAAGUUGCGCUCAAAGUGGCACCUUGCGACAACAAAGUCCUCACAAUGGAAUGCCAUUACUAGGUUUCACGAUAAGGUUGUGGCAAGGAUCGCCGUGUGGCUGACGCCUGAGGAUUUCAUGCAAGAGGCCCCGUUACCGCUGUUGUGCGGUCACCUCCUCGAUAUCGCGUGGACUAGUCUAAUGUCGAACAUCGCUGCGUUUGAGGAGGUCAGCGGAUGGUUCGAGCCUUUGCUGCUGCACUAUCGAAUGUUCCAUCGCAACAGCCAUGCAAUGGAUGACAAGUCCCAGGUAAUGUUCACGAACCUUCGCAAUGAAUCUAGGAUAAGCGAGCGCGAGACAAUCGAAGAGGCGGUGUUUACUUGCUUGUGGGCACUCCGCGGGACGCUGGUCCUGCGGCUGCAGAACAAUUUGACGACAAUGUCAGCUCACAAGAGCAAAAGAAAACCGUUUAAAGACCGAAAGGAGGUUAACGAAGCGUUCGCACAGCUAGGGUCCGAUGCGCAGGACAAUCUGCAGAAGUUGCAUACGUUGAUGUUGGCAAGGAAGGGACGAGGACGGGAUCUAACCUCUGAGCCGCAGGAUGUCCCUGGAAUUCUUGCCAUGCAUGUCACGAGCUGGGACUGGCAUACUCGCAUAUCAAAAAAUGGCAAGCGGGACGCAGAGCCACUGAUCAAGGCAGUACUGCUUGAUCUUGUCAAGAUUCGCAAAAGACGCGAGGGCCUAUUUAAAGAUCCGAUGGUUGCAGGUCUUCGCACAAUCCUGGAGGGGGUGAUUGCCAAGCACACAAGAGCAGUUAAUACGUCUGAGGAGAGCGGCCAGAUCGUCAAGCGUAAGAGGUGGUUAUGGUACGACGGGGCUAAGAUUCCGCCAAAUGUCACUCCUACAGUGGAGACUGUGCUCACUGCGGACUGUCACGCGAUACAUGCAUGCAUGCAGAGUUGCCAGGACAUGGAGGGGAAUGAUCGCGCUGCUAUCAUGAAGCUAGUCGAGUAUGUCGAACACAUGUCAAUUGCAAAGGCGACAUCGACCCAUAGUCUGGCAGCAGUGAAUGUCGUUCGAGGGCUCAAGAAGCUCAUACACGAACUGGAGAUCAAUAGUACUCGUCUCCGCACACGAGCACUAGAGAGCGACGAUAGUUUCACUUAUGACAUCAUGGACACUGUUGAUGUCAAAAUAGCUCUGACGCAAGGUUUGGAGGAUGAGAACACGAAUGCAAACGAAUCACCUGUGGCCGAACCGAAGCGCGAUGGACAACCCCGGAACUUGACAGCGACCAUGAUCGAAAAUAAUGACAGACACCCCGGGAGCCAGACCACAUUUUCGGGAUCUGGGCGGCCGAAACCUCGUCCCAUAGCGCAUCGCAAGAAUAAUGAUAAUACGACCACACGUACUGACUCACACGAUAUGGUAAUGGAUGCCUUCCGAUCGACUGAAUCAUCCCCGCGGCCACAGAGCAAGGGAAAAGAAAGAGCUAUAAUAUCCCCUAAUGGUGAUCGCUUUCAAGCGUUUGGGGAAGGUGACGUAUCUGCUGAUCAAACAGCAGCAGGGGAGCCUGCGGAGCUCGAGCCUCAAAUAGGCAGACUUACGUUUGACGACAAUCCAGUUGAUACUUUUUCCGCCAGUGAAACGGCAGCAGGCGCGGCUACACAAGGCGAGACAGGUGAGGAUGGGGGCAAUGCAGUCAGCAGAGAUGACGCGAAUAGAAUGUUCCCGGUCGCAGCACCGCGGCAAGAACCUUGUCAAAAUAUCGAUAACGACGUCAUUAUUCCUUUCGCGGGUACAACGAACAUCCAAUCCAUCGAUCAGACUGACCGAAGUAGUGCACCAAUUGAUUGCUAG